UCUGAAGACUGCAUGAGUCAUUCAAUGUACAUACGUACUACAUAUCCUAUUGAACAUACCCAAGUGUAAUAUUCCGCGAAUACUCGUUUGAAUCAUAACGGUAAAAACAUUUCGAUAAUGACUAUUAAACCGCUUAUAAAGCGAAAUGGUAUAGAGGAUUGUGAGAAACCUUGUUGCAAUCACAACCGAUCGUGCCAGCUUCCUCUACCAUCACGACAAAUAAGUUACCUUUCGCUCUCACGAUAGAGGUGGAAAUGACGAGAGUACAUAGAUGACCUGGCAAAAGAAGAAGACAGAGUGAAAAGGAGAGAUUUAAGAAGCUGCGUUCUUAUCGUGCAUCAAUUGGACGUGGUUCAUCUGCCGUUGAACAAGUUCGGUGGGCUAAAAAGAAGAAAAGGCAUCGUGUGAGGUUCUUGACAAAUGGAAAUGCAUAAGAGAGGGACCAUUUUUGCACUGACGGUGUGUUUGUUGAUUGCCGCAGCAGUCGCGCAGCUGUCUUUCAAAGGUGGUCAUUGCCCAUUGAAGGACAGCGUGUCGAAAUGUUUUCCUAGAUGCGUUUCGGAUUUUCAAUGCUCCUUUAAUGAAAAAUGUUGCCCAAAUAAAUGCGGCACUGAAUCGUGCGUACAGGCUAGUCUGAUAAGUACUGGUAGUGGAUACAAAGGAUCACAAAAUGAUGGCGUUUAUUGCGCAGGCGUGAAAUGUGGUCCAUAUCAAAAAUGUCAAUUCGACCGUAAAACUAAACGCGAAAAAUGCGUUCGUACAUAAGUGAAUUUUCGACUGCAUCCGUUAAUUUCAAUAAAGCAUGUUUUAAUAAUA